CUAAAUGGAGCACUGUCUUAUUUCUAAUUCCUGUCAGAUCUGGUACCAAUGGAGAAUUUGGAGAGCUGGCUAAAUUAUUUGAAGAAAGAAUUGCCAACAGUGGUGUUCAAAGCCUCAACAAAUCCGAGGGACAAAGGGAGAAUAACCAAGGUAAAGAAGAAAGCUGCUCCAUUCAAAAGUAAAGUCUGCUUUGGGAAAGAGGGCCUUUGGAAACUUCUUGAAGGUUUUCAGGAGACUUAUGGCAAAGCCAUUCAAGUUGGAGUAAUUGGCUUCCCAAAUGUGGGGAAAAGCAGCAUCAUCAAUAGCUUAAAACAAGAAUGGAUAUGUAAUGUUGGUGUAUCCAUGGGGCUCACAAGGAGCAUGCAGGUUGUCCCCUUGGACAAGCAUAUGCACAAUCAUAGAUAGUCAUGCUUCAUUGUAUCUCCAUUUAACUCCUCCACUGCA